AUGAAUACAAAGACAUUAUACUUGUUGGCAACAACUUUGUUGUUAAUGAUGGCUAGCAGCAGCAUUGUUGAAGCCAAGAAGACAUUUGAUUUCGAGGAGAACAAGGUGAUUGUACCAGCGUCCAAAGCCAUCGACACACUGAUAUCAUCAACAAAGUCAUUAGUUGUAUUCUUCUAUACACACACAAAGGAGUCUGAGAAGUUUGUCAAUGCCUUCUUGAAGGUGUCAUCUCAGUGUGAUGAGGAAGGAUCAGACACACAGUUUGCCUUUGUUGACAUGGAGACAGAGUUUACACUUCGUAAGAAGUUCCAUAUCCAAGAACCAAUCACUAUUAUAUACUUUAAGAAUGGUCAACACUAUGCCGACUUCAUCCUUCCAAAGACUUCACCAAACUUAAAGGCCUUCGUUGAGGAUCCAAACACACCAAUCCCACCAAUGUAUGGACCGGGUACAUGGAGCAAGAUCAAGUCACAAGUGUAUCACUUGACCACCAGGAACAUUAGCUCCUUCUUGAACAGUCAUCCAAAGACUAUCAUCAUGUUCUACUCACCAAACUGUGGACACUGUGAGAAGAUGAAGCCAGCUUACGCAGAGGCAUCAAUCAUUGCCCAGGAUAACAAGCUUGGUGACUUCGCCUCAUUCGACUGCAGUGUCGAGAGAAGUGUCUGUGAGAAGUAUCAAGUACAAGGAUUCCCAACAAUGAUCUACUUCUCCAAGGGCAAGGACACCUACAACUACGAUGGUGACAGGUCUGUAACCGAUCUCGUUGCAUGGUUCAAAGCACCAUCAUCACCAGCACCAGCCUCAAAGCAAUCAAACAAGGAAAACAAGAAAGAUGAGUUGUAA